GCCUCUUUAAAACAAUCUCCAGUAAUCCCAAGUGUUUCUCACCGUCCUGCUGCCCAGGUGCAUAGGACAACACAGAAGCUUUGGGCAACUCUAACCCUAUAUAGAAAACCCUUUCAAGUGUUACACUUCACUGACAGCUAAAAAAAAAUGGCUGCAGUGGACAAGGAUGUGGCUGAGAAGUUUUUGGACAGUAAUCCAACUUUUGCCAAGCAGUACUAUGACUCCAGGUUCCGGGCGAAGGUCAUCUCCGACCUUCUAGCGACCACCAAGAAAACAGAAGUGGACAUCAGCUCUUACCACGACUUGAGCUCUAUUGAAGAGUGCGAGAUCAUUUUCGAUAUGGUGCGGGACAUGCAGGAAAACCUGCAGAUGGAGAGGGCCGUGUUCAACCUCAUGCGGCAUCUCACUUUCAUUAUGCGGGCCGACCGCAUGAGCCUCUUCAUGUACCGCCAGAGGAACGGCAUUGCUGAACUGGCCACACGAAUCUUCAACGUCCAUAAAGAUGCCACACUGGAGGAGUGUCUGGUGCCACCGGACAGUGAGAUCGUGUACCCGCUGGACACAGGCAUUGUGGGCCAUGUGGCCACCGCCAAGAAGACCGUCAAUGUACCUGAUGUCAGACAGGACAGCCACUUCAGUGAGUUUGUGGACACCCUCACGGAGUACGAGACCAAGAACGUGCUCGCGACUCCCAUCAUGAAUGGCAAGGACAUGGUGGCCGUCAUGAUGGCGGUCAACAAGAUUGGCGCUCCUCAUUUCACUGCUCAGGAUGAAGAGACGCUGAAGAAAUAUCUCAACUUCGCCAAUCUUGUGCUGCGAGUUUUUCACCUGAGCUACCUGCACAACUGUGAAACCAGAAGAGGACAGGUGUUGCUCUGGUCUGCCAGCAAAGUGUUUGAGGAGCUGACUGACAUUGAACGACAGUUCCACAAGGCCCUCUAUACAGUCCGAGCCUUCCUCAACUGCGACCGCUACUCUGUGGGCCUCCUCGACAUGACCAAAACUAAAGAGUUCUUUGAUCUUUGGCCCAUACUGAUGGGAGAGGUGCCCCCUUACAGUGGACCAAAGACCCCUGAUGGCAGAGAAGUGAUUUUCUACAAAGUGAUUGAUUACAUAUUGCAUGGAAAGGAGGACAUCAAAGUCAUUCCUAACCCUCCAGCUGACCACUGGGCAUUAGUAAGUGGGCUUCCCACCUACGUUGCAGAGAACGGCCUGAUCUGUAACAUCAUGAACGCCGCUGAAGAUGAGUUCUUUGAAUUUCAAAAAGUGCCUCUGGAUGAAUCUGGAUGGACAAUAAAGAAUGUACUCUCUUUGCCCAUCGUAAACAAGAAAGAGGAAAUCGUUGGCGUGGCCACAUUCUAUAACAGGAAAGAUGGAAAGCCUUUUGAUGACAUGGACGAAACACUAAUGGAGUCGCUCACUCAGUUCCUGGGCUGGUCAGUGCUGAAUACAGACACGUAUGACAAGAUGAACAAGCUGGAAAAUCGCAAGGACAUCUUUCAGGACAUGGUCAUGUACCACGUCAAGUGCAGGAAGGAUGAGAUUCAGAAUGUCUUGAACACACGUGAGGUGUAUGGGAAAGAACCUGACGAAUGUGACGAGGACGAGCUGGAGGAUAUUCUGUACGGCACGCUGCCAGACUCCGAGGAAUCCGAGAUCUUAGAGUUUCACUUCUGUGACUUUGAGUUCAGUGAGUUGGACCUGGUGAAGUGUGGCAUCAAGAUGUACUAUGAACUGGGUGUGGUAGACAAGUUCCAUAUUCCACGUGAGACCCUGGUGCGCUUUGUGUACUCAGUCAGUAAAGGUUACAGGAAGAUCACCUACCACAACUGGAGGCAUGGCUUCAACGUGGGCCAGACCAUGUUUACACUGCUCAUGACAGGUGACCUGAAGCGCUACUUCACUGACCUGGAGACGAUGGCGAUGGUGACCGCUGGGCUCUGUCAUGAUAUUGACCACCGUGGCACUAACAACCUCUACCAGAUGAAGUCUGGGAAUCCACUGGCAAAGCUGCAUGGUUCCUCCAUUCUCGAGAGGCACCAUCUGGAGUUUGGAAAAACUCUGCUUAGAGAUGAGGCCUUAAAUAUCUACCAGAAUCUCAACCGAAGACAGCACGAAACCGUCAUCCAUUUGAUGGACAUAGCUAUCAUCGCAACAGACUUGGCCUUGUAUUUCAAGAAAAGGGCCAUGUUUCAAAAGAUCGUGGAUCAGUCCAAGACCUACGAGAGCUGGGACAGUUGGACCAAAUACAUGAUGUACGAAACAACUCGGAAAGAGAUUGUCAUGGCUAUGAUGAUGACUGCCUGUGAUUUGUCAGCCAUUGCCAAGCCAUGGGAGAUUCAGAGCAAGGUGGCGCUCUCCGUUGCUGCUGAAUUCUGGGAGCAGGGUGACCUGGAGAGGACAGUGCUGGAGCAGCAGCCUAUCCCCAUGAUGGACCGGAACAAAGCUGAAGAACUUCCCAAACUGCAGUGUGGUUUUAUUGAUUUCGUCUGUUCUUUCGUUUACAAGGAGUUCUCUCGCUUCCACGUAGAGAUCACGCCCAUGCUAGAGCGUCUGCUGAACAACAGGAAGGAGUGGAACGCUCUGAAGGAAAUUCAUGAGGCCAAGGUAGCCAAGCUGGAGGAGGCCAAAAAAGCUAAAGAGGAAGUAAACGCUGCAGCCUCAGCUGGCAAACAAGGAAACGCAGUCCAGCCCACAUCUCAGUCCAAGACCUGUGUCAUCUUCUAGACGUCAAACUGCAUA